AUGUCCAAACUCCAAUCUACCUCCACUAUCCUUUCUUAUUUCCUGAAUGAGGAUGGUAGGCACACCAUUAUACUCGAUUCCACCAUUUUUCAUCCCCAAGGCGGCGGCCAACCUUCGGACAAGGGUUUCAUCUCCUGUCGCCUCUUCAACUUCAUUGUUGAAGAUGUUCGAUCCAAGGACAAAAUUGUUUAUCACUAUGGAUAUUUUGAGAAAUCUGCAGAUGGGAGUGUUGAGAAAGGUGUUGAAGUUGUGUUAGGUGUGGAUGAAGAUAGGAGGAGGCUCAAUUCUAGGCUACACUCAGCCGGCCAUUUGCUGGAUAUUUGUGUACGAAACGUGGGAUGGACCCACUUGGAACCUACCAAAGGGCACCAUUUUCCCGACGGACCGUUUGUGGAAUACAAAGGUACGAUUCCACAGAAUGAAUUGCAAAGCAAGCAAAAGGAGCUUGAAUUAGAAGCUAGCCAUUUAAUCUCAAAAGGAGGGAAGGUUUCUGUGUCGAUUUUACCAUAUGAUAAAGCUGCUGAACUUUGUGGUGGAUCACUCCCAGACUAUAUACCAAAGGACAGCUCGCCUAGGAUCGUGCAAUUGGGACAUAAUCCAGGAUGCCCUUGUGGUGGCACGCAUGUUCUUGACAUCAACGAGAUUUUGAGCCUGAAGGUUUCUCAAAUUCGGACAAAGAAAGGGCUGACAAAAGUUAAUUACAAUGUGGGAUAA